AUGCGCGCCACCAGGUGGUGCAGCACUUUGGAGUACCUAUUGCUAGCAUUGUUAGAGUAUUGGAACGAACCCCGGCACACGUUGAGUGCAGCUGCUUGCCUGUUACGCAACGCUCUGGGGGUUCCCUAUCUGCCCUCUACGUUGGUAGAGGAGGCUCUGAAAAGGGCUUUAGAACGUACUAAUGCUGCUUACGCCCACACCAAGGAGAGGGUGAAGACAUCUCUGUCGGAGGGUGCUCUGAGACCCAGCGACCUCCUGGCUCAGUUCAAGCAGAUCGGACCGCAGACCAGGAGGCACAUCAGCGCAGCUGAGCUGCUGGACAAUACAGUGGAACUGAUCAGAGAGAUGGUCUACACCAGUACCAUGGCCCAGUCCAGUCUACCUGACCCGUUGAGUGAGGCGGACAUGCAGGUUCUACUGCAGGCUACAGGCUGUUCCUCUGAGAUGCAGAGACCCCUCUGUAAGACUGGCUGUCUGUCUGAACGCUACCGUUCAUUCACCGGGGAGUGCAACAACAGACAGCACCCUAAGUGGGGUGCGGCCAACACCCCGUACUCCCGCUGGCUCCCCCCAGAGUACGAGGACAUCAGAGGGGUCCCUAGGGGCUGGGACCCUGAACACACCUACUAUAACUACACCUUGCCCCCGGUGCGCCUGAUAUCCCAGAACGUUCUCUACACGCACAAUGAGAACAUCUCUCUGGACUCAUCUCUGUCCCACCUGCUGGUGGAGUGGGGUCAGUGGAUCGACCAUGACUUCGCUCUGACCCCUCAGAGUCCCAGCACAGCUGCCUUCAGGACCGGGGCUGACUGUACCCGCACAUGCAGCCGGGACACUCCCUGCUUCCCUAUACAGAUCCCGCUGUCAGACCCUCGUACUGGUAUACAGAGCUGCAUGCCUUUCUUCCGCUCGGCGCCCAGCUGUGUCAGGAGCGAAGCCUUCACCGGGGCCACACCCCACCAUCACCGGGAGCAACUGAACGCCAUCACCUCAUUCGUGGACGCCAGUAUGGUGUACGGUAGCUCCUCCCCCAUGGCUGCGGCCCUGAGGAACCACUCCUCUCCACUGGGUGUUCUGGCCCUCAAUGACCAGGCCUCAGACCAGGGUCUCGCCUACAUGCCCUACCUGCCUCGCCUACAGGGACGCCUGGAUCCCUGUGGGCCACGAAGCGGGUCUGGGGCCAACUCCACUGGAGCCACAAGUGCCUCUGACACAUCUGCUACUGCACCAACAGAACAGGAGAAUAUUACAUCCUGUUUCCAAGCAGGUGACUCACGGGCCAAUGAGCACCUGGGGAUGAUAGCACUCCACACGUUGUUCCUGAGGGAACACAACAGGCUGGUCAGCGAGUUGCACCUCCUCAACCCUCACUGGAGCCCAGACACCUUGUACCAGGAGGCCAGGAAGAUCAUGGGGGCUAUCCACCAGAUACUGACCUGGGAGCACUACUUGCCCAGGGUCCUAGGUGAGACCCCCACCUCCCUCCUGAUGCCUCCGUACAAGGGCUACGACCCUGAGAUUGACCCCAGCAUCGCUAACGUCUUCUCAGCCGCCGCCUUCCGCUUUGCCCACGUCACCGUGCAGCCAAUGGUGGCCCGCCUGGGCCCCGGGUACAGCCUCGCCCCACAGCACCCACCUCUGCCCCUACACCACUCCCUCUUCGCAUCCUGGAGAGUCGUACAGGAGGGUGGUAUAGACCCAGUGCUGCGUGGCCUCCUCCUUUCCCCAGCCAAGCUCCAGAUGCCAGGCCAGAUGAUGGUUGAGGAGCUAACUGAGAGACUGUUCCAGGCCCAGGGUGGGAUGCCACUAGACCUGGGUGCCCUCAACCUGCAGCGAGGUCGAGACCAUGGCCUGCCUGGUUACAGCUCGUGGCGUGGGCUCUGUGGCCUCUCUGUUCCCAACACCACCUCUGACCUUGCAGGUAUCCUGGGUAACCCUGGUCUGGCUGAGAAGUUCCUGUUGUUGUACGGGACGUCCCAGAACAUCGACGUAUGGGUGGGGGCCAUCUCAGAGCCUCCUCUACCUGGGGGCCGGGUGGGACCCCUCCUGGCCUGUCUACUGGCCAAGCAGUUCAGAGCACUGAGAGACGGAGACAGGUUCUGGUGGGAGAGAGAGGCUGUGUUCACCAGCACCCAGAGAGCACAGCUUCACACUGUGUCCCUGUCACGUAUCAUCUGUGACAACACGCACAUCACACGUGUUCCCUCCGACCCAUUCAGCCGUACGGUCAGCCCAGAAGACAUGCUGGCCUGCAGCCACCCCCUCAUCCCUCACCUUAACCUCUCUGCCUGGAAGGAGCCUGACACAGAUCCCAGUUGUGGUCCAAUCCCCAGGUUACAGUCAGGCUUCUCUCUGCUCUGUGACUCCGUCAUCUACUACCAGUGUGGUCCAGGCUAUCAGCUGAUUGGGCCAUCCUCUGUGACCUGUGACCCCAACAGCUAUCAAUGGAGCCCUGCUCCCCCAAUCUGCCACGAUGUCGAUGAGUGUGCCGAUCAGCCAACCCCGUGCCCCCAAAACACGGACUGCCUCAACACACCCGGGUCAUAUAUGUGCACAGACCUGGACCUGUCCUCCCUGUCUACAGUCUCUGUAAUCUCUGCAGUAAUAGCUGUGGUUGGUGGUGUGGCCAUCUUGUUUGUGAUACUGACCUGUUGUAGAAGGUAUUUUCCAAAGAAGCCAGAAUCGAUAAACGGAACUGAUAAACGGAACCGAUAAACAGCGGUUGCUGUAAGAGGGACGGAUAACCAAGAGACACCUCUGGAUUUGUAGUCCUUUUAACAUAUUUUAUUACAUUUUAGUAUUUUGUUUUUAAAAAUGUGACAUAUAUCCUAAAAGUCUACACUUGACUUGAGUUGAUAUUAAAACGUAACUUCAGAUUAUUUGUUAGAUAAUAACCUGAAAAUAAGAAAUAACUUAAUUGUAAACCCUGUUUUAGACCACAGUCACAUUAUAUAUAUAUAAAACCACCGUACAGUAUUUGGACAGUGACCAUUUUCUGUUGUUGUUGUAGUUCUGACAAAAAAUGACGCAUUACAUUAUUUAUCAUUUUCAUUUCUAUUGGCCACAAAAAAAUAAUCUGAAAAACAACCAAAACAAACAGCAACUAGUUUAAAUUACAAGCUUGUCGUUGUUAUUGUGUGAUAGGAAUAUGGGACUCAACUUUUCACUACUUUAAUACACAUAAGUGAAUAAAUACUUUUGGUUGCCUAAAAGUUCAAAUGUACAUAAAGUGCUGUAAUUUCUAAACGGUUUACCUGAAAAUACCCUUGAAUUAAAGCUGGCAGUCGGCACUGAAAAUAACCCUGAAUUAAAGCUGGCAGUCGGCACUGAAAAUAACCCUGAAUUAAAGCUGGCAGUCGGCACUGAAAAUACCCCUGAAUUAAAGCUGGCAGUCGGCACUGAAAAUACCCCUGAAUUAAAGCUGGCAGUCGGCACUGAAAAUACCCUUGAAUUAAAGCUGGCAGUCGGCACUGAAAAUACCCCUGAAUUAAAGCUGGCAGUCGGCACUGAAAAUACCCUUGAAUUAAAGCUGGCAGUCGGCACUGAAAAUACCCCUGAAUUAAAGCUGGCAGUCGGCACUGAAAAUACCCCUGAAUUAAAGCUGGCAGUCGGCACUGAAAAUACCCCUGAAUUAAAGCUGGCAGUCGGCACUGAAAAUACCCCUGAAUUAAAGCUGGCAGUCGGCACUGAAAAUACCCCUGAAUUAAAGCUGGCAGUCGGCACUGAAAAUACCCCUGAAUUAAAGCUGGCAGUCGGCACUGAAAAUACCCCUGAAUUAAAGCUGGCAGUCGGCACUGAAAAUACCCUUGAAUUAAAGCUGGCAGUCGGCACUGAAAAUACCCUUGAAUUAAAGCUGGCAGUCGGCACUGAAAAUACCCUUGAAUUAAAGCUGGCAGUCGGCACUGAAAAUACCCUUGAAUUAAAGCUGGCAGUCGGCACUGAAAAUACCCUUGAAUUAAAGCUGGCAGUCGGCACUGAAAUCCAAAGUGCUGGAGUACAGAGCCAAAACAAAACAACAUGUGUCACUGUACAAAUACUUGGAUAUCAGUGUAUUUGUCUGUUCUAGUCCAUGUGUUUGAAGCUCAUAAACCUGAACAAGCUAACAGCAUUUUGUCAUCACAUACACUGGACAGGUGCAGUGAAAUGUGUUGUUUUACAGCGUCAGCCAUAGUAGUACGGCACCCCUGGAGCAAAGUAGGGUUAAGUGCCUUGCUCAAGGGCACGUCGACAGAUUUUUCACCUUGUCGGUUCAGGUAUUUGAACCAGAUAAUAUUCGGGAAGAAACACUUGUCCAGAACACUUGUUCAUUUCGCUACACUCGCAUUAACGUCUGCUAACCAUGUGUAUGUGACAAAUAAAUUUGAUUUGUUAA